AUGCGUCCUCCGCAGCCGUCAAGAUCGCAGUCACAACAGACGUACCCAUCGAGCCAACCCGUGACUCCUGCCGGCAAGUACGAGCUGGGGCCGCCACGAGGCGCAAGGGAUCCGAGGGCGAAGCAGCCAAGUCGGCAGGGGUUCAGGGACGUUAAGGGGUGGAACGAUCUCAAGCCUAUCGGGAGCGAGAAGGCGAAUGGACGAAGGGCGGAUCCGCUCAGACCGGGCAAAUUCCUCAGUCCUCUGCAAUGCCUUACUUCGGCGCUUCCGCAAACGUAUCAGCUGUGCAACUCGCAAUUCCGGUAUGAAAGCAGCGACAACCCUCGAAGGGUGCUCACCAAGCCGAGCAAGAGCGUGCAUAAUGAUGGAGUGGAUAACGAGGAUUGGGAUUACAUUUUAUACGUCAAUGACGUUCUGGGCGGAGAGCACGGAGGUGAUCGGUAUCUCAUCCUGGACGUUCUAGGUCAAGGCACCUUCGGCCAAGUCGUCAAGUGCCAAAAUAUGCGCACGCACGAUAUCUGCGCCGUCAAAGUCGUCAAGAACAAGCCGGCGUACUUGAAUCAGAGCAAGAUGGAGGUGGCUAUACUGGACCUGCUGAACACGCAAUACGACCCUCACGACCAACAUCAUAUCCUCCGGAUGCAAGAAUCCUUCAUCCACAAAAAUCACCUCUGCCUCGUCUUCGAGUGCCUCUCGUCAAACCUCUACGAAUUGAUCAAGCAGAAUCAAUUCAAGGGGCUUAGUACACAGCUGGUGAAGGUGUUCACGCACCAGCUCUUGGAAUGCCUGGCGGUAUUGAAGGAUGCGAGGUUGAUUCAUUGUGAUCUGAAGCCGGAAAAUAUUCUGCUGAAGAGCCUCCAAUCUCCUCAGAUCAAGAUCAUCGACUUUGGCUCGGCAUGCCACGAGAUGCAGACGGUAUACACCUACAUCCAGUCCCGGUUCUAUCGGUCACCGGAGGUCCUGCUCGGUCUGCCUUACUCGACCAGUAUCGACAUGUGGUCCCUCGGGUGUAUAGUAGUGGAGCUCUUCUUGGGGUUGCCUCUCUUCCCUGGAACAAGCGAGUACAAUCAGCUUUCUCGGAUAGUAGAUAUGCUCGGCAAUCCUCCCGGCCAUCUUCUGGAUGUCGGCAAGCAGACACACGAAUUCUUCAACUUCGCCGGUGUCGACGCGCAGGGUCGCAAACAGUAUCAGCUCAAGUCGCUCGAGCAAUACUCGCAGGAACAUCGGACCAAGGAGCAGCCGAGCAAGCAGUACUUCAAGCAGACGAAGCUGAGGGAUAUCAUUAUGGAGUAUCCGAUGUCGAAGAAGAACCCUCGGCAGUCAGAGGUCGAUAAGGAGAUGGCACAUCGUCGGUCAUUCAUCGACUUCGUAGAGGGUCUACUCAAUCUCGACCCCAUCAAAAGGUGGUCGCCUCAGCAGGCGGCAAAGCAUCCCUUCAUCACCGGCGAAAAGUUUACGGGUCCUUUCCAGCCACCUUCUGUACCCAGCAAGAAGACGUUCCCUGCCACGCCGACUGCGUCGACAGCGCCCGUUCAAUCUCCUUCCAAGAAGUACGGCGGUCUUCAGCACACACCCGGUCCCUCUCCUUCCACGGCCACCGCGACUCGAGGUCAGCGCGUUUACUCGGAUGCGGGACUGUACAACCCGCAGAUCCCCCAGCAGCAACAGCAGCAGCAGCAGCAGCAGCAGCAGGCCUACCCCACGCCAAUCCAGACCCACAAUCAAAAUCAGAUCGCCGCCCGUCCGGCUCCCUUCUCACCGGCUUACGACCCACCCCCGAGCGCUGGCCAUCGCGCACGCAUGCCCAGUCAGGGUCAAUGGCAUCCCAUGGGUCCACCACAAGGCGCUGCGACAUACCAUCAACCCCGGAUCCCCUCAUCAUCACUCGCGACCUCUUCCUCGCAUGGCGCACUCCGCCAGAACCCCCCGCCACCUAUGGUAGUCAAUACCAACCCGCCUCCCAACUCGUACUACCCCGCCUCGCGCAACCGGUCAAACACUAUCAACCAGAUGGACGUCAUCCCGCCUGCUCUUGCCCGCCUCACGCACAUGUCCAUGCCGGACCCGUCAGGGCAUCGAAACCUCACUCCGGUCCUCAACCGCGGAGACGAUCCUUAUCGCGAAUGGGAGCGGCGCCAAGGCGGUGGCGGUCAAGGCGGAGGCGAUCACGCCAAGAACUCGAGCAUGCAUCAGACGAGCUACCCGCAGCUCGAGUACCUGCAGGAACAGGCUGAGCUGGCGGCGAUGGGCGGAAGCUGGAUGAUGCCCGGUCAAUACGGCGGUGGAGGAGGAAACGGCGGACUCCAUCGGACUCGACUCAGCGGAUCCUCGGCGGCGCAAUACCAAAUGCAGCCGCAUAUCGGCGUAUCGCCCACUAGUCCUGGGAUGGGCUACCACGCCCGUCAACCAUCGGAAUACGAUAUGCCCCACUCGGCGUCCGCGUCCGUCGGCUCCGGGUCUCGACCUUACCUUCCCACCUUUCCUCCUCCCGCGGCAACCCACUCAUCGACCCCGAGUUUCGACGUCUUUGACCCGCGCGGCCAGGACGGGAUGGGUAUGCUAUAUACACCAUUGCAGCCGAAUCAGGCGUAUGGGCAUCAGAGCUAUGGAGGGGGAGGGAUGGGGCAGCAUCAGACAAGGGCGAGCUUCUCGGGGCCGUAUGGCGUACCUCAGCACCCGUUCGCUGGUCAGCAGCAGCAACAACAGCAACAAGCGCAGGGGCAGGCGAGUCCCCGAAAUCAGAGGAGGAGUCAGCAGUACGGGGUCUAG